AUGAGCGGGAUAAAUAAUGAAAAUACUCCGGCGAAUAAGCAAAUUCCAAAGAAAGGUAUCCUCAAGAGCCCACCACCACCGUCGUCGCGUUUCCCCUUCACCUUGAAUCCCAUCAACGACUUGUUCGAGAAGUUGAGCAGAGCAGGCGACGAUGAGCAUUUGCAGCAACAGCCACAGCCAAAACCGCAGCCGCAACAGAGCCACCAUAAUUCACAGGACAGCACUUUCUGGGGCGGUUUCAAGAAGCUCCUAUCUGAAGGACCAGCAGAGGCGAUAGACACUGCAAAGUCUAUCCCUAAUAAGCUGCAGCAGCAGGUUACGCCUACAGAAAAUACAAGCGCACCACCCACACAUGCCUCACAGCCCACAGCUACUCAUCAUCCACCCCACGAAUCAAUUAAGCGAGUUAGCUUCCACGUCCCAAGCAUGUCUGUUACAUACCCCAUUCACGCGGCACUUCCUCCUGCUGACUCUCGCGCCCAUCGCGCCCAAGUCGAGGCCGAAUACAGACACACCGAUAGUGUUCACGACUUCUCCUAUUGGACCGCAGACGAAGGCGCGCAACUCAUUCAAAUUUACAGGGAUGCCUGCAGAUUGCGCGAGGAGAUUCCACGCGCCGAGAUCAUUGAACAGCUGCGUUCAGCCGCGCUUAUGCGCGAAUCAGGCCGUACACUCGAUCUCUCAGGUGUGCAUCUGUUCAAGGAGAACUUAGAGCCGCUUGCUGAUGUUCUCAGCAUACGGUGGGGACUCCAACGGCUCAUUCUCGAAGAUAUAGGGUUGGUUGAUGAGUCGUUGAAGCCGGUGCUGCAUGCUCUUCUUAUCUCGGCAGAACUGCCCUGGCUUAGUAUUGCCAAUAACAAGAUGAUCAAGGAGAAGGGGUGGAAAUUACUGUCUAUGUUUAUGAAGAGGGCACAACACCUCACUUAUAUUGACUUGUCGGAGAAUAUAUUUGAUAAGAAGAGCGCCGAAAUGCUCAUGUCUGCUCUUGCUAGACCCGAAAAAGAGGAACUGAAAGAUGAAGAACGCCAGCAGCGGGUGCAGGAUCAGCAUCAGGAGCAUGAUAAAGACCAACCUCUCAUCCCCUCGCCCGCGCUCUUGCGAUACAGUCAAUACACCCAUAGCAAUAUCAGCACCGUCCGUUUGGAGGGGUGUACGUUUAAAUCUGGUGCAUUAGAAGCCAUAGCGCAGGGGAUGAAGAACUCUGCAUUAAUGCAUCUUUCGCUCCGACGCAAUAAGAUAUCCAGCAACGGCGUCGUCUCGCUCGCAUUGAUGCUCAAAGACUACGUCGACCCUUCGACCACUGAAUCGCUAAGCAGUGACCCUUUCAGCAAAUCAUCUCCUCCCCAAGCACCACGGCGACCUGACCUUGCCACGAAUAGGAACAACAGUUACAGAAAUAGCAUGUCAUUCCUCCAGAAUUUCAACUUCAGGCAGCGCAGUAAACUAGAGGACGAUGAGAAGGAGACACCUGUCAUAUCAAGUCCAUCUGGCAGUGUGACCACGCGCAUAAUUCCAAGUAUUCAGCAUAAUGAGCAGACAGGUCAGAAGGAGGACAGUCAAGACGGAAAUAUCGAGAGCCACUUCAUCUCACGACGUCUUGAAGAUUCACAAGACAAGGUGGAAGUACCCCCACAGCCGAGAGUUGAUAUUGGCAGUGGUUUGAUCACCCUUGAUCUUAAAGGGAAUGAUAUUCGCUCCAGCGUCAAUUAUAUUGCUACUGUACUGAAGCGUAACAAGACACUCAAGGUGCUCAACCUGAGCGAGAACAGGAUUGAUUAUAGGGGUCUCUUAUCAAUUUCUGAAGCAUUGAAACAUAAUACAACUCUAGAAACACUCGAUUUGAGCAAAAAUCCUUGCUGUGGUCCUGAGGCAGAUGGCAUCACAUCACUGCGGACAUCCUUCGCGGUCAACUCGAACAUGAAGAGGUUGUUCCUUGCAGACACACAGUUGCAAUCUGAAGGUGCAAUCGCUUUAGCCGAGUUUCUCCCUGAAGCCAAAACACUGCUACAUGUGGAUCUCACCGACAAUAAUCUCACUAUGUCGGGCUUGCUCGCACUCUCUGUCGCCGUGAAAAUGAAUAACUCAAUCAGAUGUCUCGACAUUAGCAUACCAAUCAACGACCCUGACAUGGCGAACCUCAGUCAAGAUAUACUGCAGUCAUGCAUCCGUAACACGGAAGCAGCGCAGGAGAAAUCGGGCAAAUCAAAGAAUCUUUUCGGACCAAUCCAGCGCUCAGUCUUAGCGAAGAAACUGCAAGAGGCUGAGGUACAGCAGUCCACGGCAGCAGUCGUAGCAGCAGCCGAGAGUCCGGAAGGUAUAGCGCGAGCACGUGUGUGGAACCAGACACCGCAGGAGACGCUAGUCGUAUCGCAAGAAAUACUCAAAAUCUUCACAGAGAUAUUCGAUGAACGGGAAAAAGAGCCUGGAAAUGAAGACAAGCUGGCAGCGCUUCAGACCUACAUUCACGAACGUCGUCUCGAAGUGAAGGCAUUGAAAGAUCGGUUGAUGGAGUUGAUCGGAGAGGAGUUGAUUGAGAACGAGAAUGAAAUUAACCUUGCUCUCAGUCUGAAUGAUCAGCUUGCCGGCUUAAACGGACGUAUCGAGGAUUCUGUGAAGUUGUCAGAGCAGAAUGCAAUAUUGGCACGUCAACAGGCUCAGGGUGCAGCAUUUUUGCAGCCGAAAAAGUCAAAUCACAACAGAGCUAGAAGUUUGAGUCUCAAUGAUGAGAUGUCUAAUCCCCAAUUUCAAAUUAUGGGAUCUGAUGACUCGGAUGUUGAGACCGACGCUGACCCAGAGUCUACAUCCAUCGGUGGUGAAGGUGGGAGUUUGAAGCAAUUACCACCAAAGCCUAAGCUAGAAAUUAGCACUGAAAUAGAUAAGCAGGAUGAUGAGUCGACGCCGAAACCUGCUUUGAAUGGCGAAGAAGUGAAGAGUCCGACGUCAGAUCUUGGUCGCAGUCAGUUGUUUGAAGAGGGUGAGAUAUUCAGGAAAGGUAUUGCUUUUCUCAACGAGGAGCGCAUCGAGAGUGAAGAAGAUGGUGAGGCACUCAGGAAGGAAAUACUCGAGACUGAGCUGCCAUCGACUUCACCCAAGUCUCCCACUUCGCCUAAACCUGAGGCACCUCCCCGCUCAUCUUAA